AUGGAUAUGAUGCCUCUUGAUCUUCCAACACUCUUUCCUCUCCUUUUAGCCCUUUUAGCGACGGCUUUACUCCUUCUCCGUCGCCAAAAACACCCCAAGAAUGUUUGUUGUAAUGUCCCUAAAGGCACCAUGGGAUGGCCCUUCAUUGGAGAGACUCUCGAGUUCCUCAGCCCCCAUAGAUCCAACUCCAUUGGCACCUUCCUACAACAACGUUGCUCGAGAUAUGGCAAAGUUUUUAAGUCACAUUUGUUCGGGUCGCCAGCUAUAGUGUCGUGUGACAACGAGUUCAACAUGUUCAUCCUUCAGAAUGAGGGAAAGCUAUUCCAGGCCAGCUACCCUAAGGCCAUGCAAGGGAUUCUCGGGCAGUACUCGUUGUUGAUCGUCUCCGGGGAGCAUCACAGGAAGCUUAGGGGGAUCGCAGUGAGCUUCAGCGCGAUGUCCAAAUCUUCACCUGUGUUUCACUCUCGUAUUGAGAAGCUCGCAUUCUCAAUGUUGGAGUCGUGGAGAGGGCGCAAAGAGAUUGCCUUUCUCGAAGAGAUGAAAAAGUUCACUUUGAGUUUGAUGGUGAAAACCGUUUUGAGCAUCGACCCGGAAGAACCAGUGGCCAUGAGGUUUUUGCAAGAUUUUAGAACUUACAUGAAAGGCUUCAUAUCCUUGCCACUAAACGUUCCAGGAUCUGCUUAUGCCAAAGCUGUCAAGGCGAGGGCAAGGCUUUCGAGGACGGUCAAGGAGAUAAUAAAGCAAAGGGAAAUGACGAAUACUACGACGACCUCGUCGGGAGAGGAAAAUGGGGACUUUUUGGAAGUGAUAUUGUCGAAGCACAGCAGCAUAAGGCAAAUGAAUGAUGACGAGAAAGUGAGCAGUGUUUUGGACAUUGUCUUGGGUGGCUACGAGACCACUUCCACCCUCAUUUCCCUCGUCGUCUACUUCCUCCACCGUUCACCCGCCGCGCUCCUAGCUUUCAAGGAGGAACAUGAAGCUAUAAGGAGGAACAAAGGCAAAGGGCAGCCCUUGGGGUGGGAGGAUUACCAGAAAAUGGACUUCACCCGCAAUGUGACGAAAGAAGCUGUGAGAUGUGGGAAUCUAGUCAAAUUUUUACACCGCAAGGCACUCCAAGACGUGGAAUUCAAAGGGCAUUUGAUUCCUCGUGGAUGGAAGGUGCUUCCUGUAUUAGCAGGGCCAAAUCUCGACCCGUCUCUUCACCAUGACCACCUUCAGUUUAAUCCUUGGAGAUGGACGGAGGACAAAGAAAUAGGGAAGAAGACUAUGGGGUAUGGUGGUGGACCAAGGGUGUGUCCAGGAUCCGACCUAGCUAAGGUCAUGGUUGCCUUCUUCCUUCAUCAUCUUGUCCUCGCCUAUAGGUGGAAAGUGAAAGAAGAUGAGUACCCAAUUGCUUAUCCGUAUGUGGAGUUUCGAAACGGACUUCACGUGGAGAUUGAGCCGGUAGAAUCACAUGUUUAGAUCGAGGAUUAGGCAUACAAUAGAAAGAG